AUGACUUUUGAUUAUUUCAAGAGCAAGACUAUGAAGGAUCAACCUGAUCAGGGGACAAAUGGAGGGAAAGCUAACGGUCUUCGUUGUCUUUCUUCUCACUGGUGGUGCCCUGUGGCUGUGACGCUGGGGAUCCUUUGUGUGGGUUUACUGGUGUCCAUCAUAUUGCUGUCAAUGCAAUUAUCCCAGGUGACUGAUCUUCUAAAGCAACAGCAAGCAAACCUUACUCAGCAGGAAAAUAUACUGGAGGGACAGAGUUUAGCCCAGAAACAGGAGGAAAAGGCUUCCCUUGAAUUACAGAGGAAACUCAAGGGAACGAUUGCAAACCUUACCCAGGAGUUGGAUGAGACAUCCAAAAAACAAAUGGAACUUCUUCACCAGAACCUGAAUCUCCAAGAAGAUCUGAAAAAAGCAGCAAAUUUUUCAGGUCCUUGUCCCCAAGACUGGCUCUGGCAUGAAAAAAACUGUUACCAAUUUUCCUCUAGUUCAUUUAAUUGGGAAACAAGCCGGGGGAACUGCUUGUCUCUGGAUGCCCAGAUGCUGAUAAUUAAUAGCACAUAUGAUCUGGAAUUCAUCAAACAACUCACUGCUCAUUCCAAUGCCCCAUUCUGGACGGGAUUAACUAAGAGAAAACCAAGCUCCUCAUGGCUCUGGGAGGAUGGUUCUCCUUUGAUGCCCAACGUGUUUAGAUUGAGGGGAGCUCUUUCCCAGAAGAAUCCUUCGGACACCUGCGUGUAUAUACAAGGUGGAAACGUUUUUGCUGAGGGCUGCAUUUUAACUGCAUACAGUAUAUGUCAGAAGAAGGCGACUUUGUUGAGAGCUCAGUGA